GUCUGUUCAGUCACGUCAGUGUGUGUGAGGAUGAGGGCGAUUAUCUGCAGCUGCCUCUUAGCCUAUGUUCUGGGCUGUAAUGUUAUGGCAAGUAUCAACACAACACUCAGAACAACCUUAACACCAACAACUCCAACUACACCUACAAGAAAAACUGCAGCAACAACAUCAACACCAACAGAGCAUCGUCCAGCAGCAACAACAGCACUAUUUACACCAUCUCUAAACACAGGAAAGAAAAAAGAUCCGAACAAAAAAGACAGAAAGAAGAAGCAUAAAGACCAGAAACAACUUCUUUUUUGGGGGAUUGGAAUAGUUGUCUCCUUCCUCCUGCUCCUCCAACUCAUCAUCUUUUACUUUACUUGGAGACACAGGUUUAAAAACCGAGAAAGUGAAAGAAUGCAGCCUGUCUAUGAUGACAUACAGGAAGGAGUAGUGUUUCAGUCUGCAAGAGAUGGAUCAGAUCCGAAUGAUCCCACAUAUUGCACCAUCCCUGAUUUUCCACCAGGGGGAAGGAGGACUGAGACAUUGCUUCCUAAUGAGUCCCCAUAUUCCUUGAUCGGCAGCACUUUCCUCAGAGGAAAUAAUGAAGGUUCGACGCAGCUCAGUGAGAACACGUAUUUCUUACUGGAGAAACCGAAAGAACCUGAAAACAACAACGACCAAUCUAUCGUUUGAUCUGUACUUCUACUUCUGCCUUUGUUGUUAAUCAGUGCAAUUAAUUGGUGAGGACAAAAACAAGAGCAGUAUAGAAAUCUAAUCAAUUUAAUACACUCUGACAUCAAUCAGCCAUUGAGUGCAAAGACGGAAAAUGACAAAUGUUUUCAUCAGCCUCCAUUAUAAUCAUAAAAGAUAAAGAUAGAUAAAUAAAUUUGGAAAUGAAUAAAAUGUGAAUACAAAUAAAUGUGAAAAUA